CUUCUCCCCCCCACCGCACUCCUGACUCGUCUGUACGUGGGGACGUCACAGCGGGGCCGUCUACUACCCGCCCAGCCGGUGUCUACAGCAGCUGCCGCAGGCCGCAUAGUGCGUGCAUAGGAGAGCACGGGGAGCGGGGCAUUGUGGGAAAAAUGGAUCAAUCUAGCCACAGUCUGGUUCUUCUGCAGCAGCUGAAUAUGCAGCGAGAGUUUGGAUUCCUCUGUGACUGCACAGUAGCCAUCGGGGAUGUGUAUUUUAAAGCACACAGGGCUGUUCUUGCUGCUUUUUCCAACUAUUUCAAGAUGAUCUUCAUUCAUCAAACCAGUGAAUGCAUUAAGAUUCAGCCGACUGACAUUCAACCAGACAUAUUCAGCUACCUUUUACAUGUCAUGUACACAGGGAAGAGCCCUAAACAAAAUGUGGAUCAGUACCGACUGGAAGAGGGGAUGAAAUUUCUUCAUGCUAAUCUCCUCACAACACCUGCCAGUGAGCCAACACAAGUGUUACCUUCAGACACCAUACAGUCAUCUAACUUGUAUGGAAUUCAGAUAUCAACAGCCCAGAAAACAGCAAAGGAAAGUGUUCAUAUGAGGAAGAACCAACCAAGUGCAACAAGACCUAUGCCACAAGGAGAGCAUCCACAGCUACAGUUGUCUCUUGCCAUUGGGCUAGAAGGUGUCAGUUCUGAACAGCAAGGCUCACAUUUUACUGGCCAGAUUGGUGCCACAGUACAGUCAAUAGAAGACAUCCAAAAGAGUGUAAGGUCCAUAAAGCAGGAGACCAGUGAACCUGAAGCUAUAAGUUCUCCACACCAGUCACUUCCUUCUUCAGAAGAGGUAGAGCCAAAUCUUAUUACAUCUAGCAACAGAGUUUACUCCUGCCAUUACUGUGGUGAGCACUUUGAGUCCCGUGUUAUAUUAAGAGAUCACUUACAUAUUCAUGUAUCUCAGUCACUUCCAUUUGGAGUUCCAACAUCCAUCUUAGAGAGUGACGACCUUGGAGAAGUCCAUCCUAUACUUGAAAACAUUGAGAAUACUGAUGCUUGCCGACUUGGGGGCUACCUUCUAAACAGAACUGAGGAGCCACUUCUGAACACAAGCCAUGCAGAACAGCUCCAACUCAAUCAAUUGUCAUUUCUCACAAAAGACACAGAUCCUAUAGAAGUGAACUUCUCAUUUCUACGUAAGAGGAAGUUCAAUUGUACAGUGUGUGGGCACAGAUUUGCCAGAAGGAGCCAGUUGCUGGAGCAUGUAUACACACAUAAACCAAAGUCACACAAUCUGAACAAGUACCAGAGAAUUGGUAACCAGUUGGAGCAGAACUUACACAGUUACUGUAAUAACAUUACUGAUAUCAGCAAGAAAGAUUCUGAGCUGCUACUUGAACCUCCUGAGUUCCUUGAAGAAGAGGAACCCACAGAUUCACAGGAGAAUGUGGAGUCUGUCCUAGUAGAAUGAAGAAAAAAGUUAAUAUAUAUAUAUAUAUAUAUAUAUAUAUAUAUAUUUAUUCUGUUUUCUUUGAGGAAAUCCUUUAAUAUUUUCCAGUGCAGGAUAGUUUUAUUGAAAGAGAUAACCUUUUCUUCUGUAUGUUGUAAUUAUGUUAUGGGAUUGUCCAUGAUUACAUAUUACUUUGCACUGUUACACCAAACAAACCAGAACAAAUUUGGAAUACAUUUAAAAAACAUGCUUGCUAUGGCUUUCCCCAGAGUUUUUUUUUUUUUUUUUAUUGCUUCCCAGAAUGGCCACUUAAUGUGUUCAUGGUCAUUGUUCACAUAUGGUCAGUAGCUUAGUCCCACCUCCUGGAUUCUUGUUGUGUAUGGGCUGUAUGAGAAGACCAAGCAUUAAGAAUCUGAGCACUAGAGGAAGCUUCAUCAUACCAGCACUGAAUGCAUUAUGUGAAUGGUAUAAAAUGAAAUUGUCAGAACAUUAAAAUAUUGUUAUGUUUUGUGUAAUCUAGCAAAAAUGUAAUGUUCAACUGUGGGCAAAACCAUUGACAUUAUGCUCAUUUCUAGGACAAAGCAAAAAUAGAAGCCCCUCAGGUUGAUCCCUUAAAAAGGUUUUCCAUCAGGAUAUUAUAAAUAGAAAUCUACUGCUUGGGAUCUCGUUCUGUUACCAAGAACAGAGAGCAAGGCCGAGUUCGGAAUCUUCAGAAUUGGAGAUUCUGGGUGCAGCCAGCGUGCACUGAAUCAGUUGGCGAGAGGAACGUGCAGACAUUGCCGUCCCUAUAGACGGAAAUGUCUGCAGAGCGGAAAUCUUCCAGAACAUUGAACAAGUUUCAAGAUUUUUUGAGCAGAUUCGAGCAAGUGGAAUUUCAAAACAGAAUUCUGCUUGGAAAUUCCAUAGUGUGAACCCGGCCUAAGACUCAGUGUGAUGUAUAACGUUGUUUUUUAUUCUUUGGUGUCGGCCGUCUGCAGACUAUUUCCAGACUUUGUGGAGUUCACAGAAAAAAUCUGCACCCACUAGGUUCUGUUCGCAACUUCUAUGCUUUCCUAUACAGUAAAAAUGUGUGUUCAUUCUAUUCAAAAGCGAGGCCAAAAGGCAUUCCUGUGAUCUCUGUUGGCACAAUAAUGACCUAUGGCUACAUUUGUCAUAUGUAUUAGUUGUCCUCCCAGCACAAGAACAGAAUAUGUUCACAUAGUGGGUUGAGUCUUAUAUGCAGAUUUCACCCUAUGUAUUGCAAAUGGUUCAAUCUUUAGUUAUUUAUUUCGCACAAAUUUUUUUCUGCUACAUGUGAAUGGUGUGUUUUAAAACUCUAUCUAAAUAUACUGUACUGUAAAGAGCAGUGGAUUUUCAGUGUGGAAUCUGCACUGUGUGAAUUCACGCUAAAUGACACUGCAGUGAACAGCUGUUUGUAAGGAGAUGUCCAUAUAGUUCAUUGCAAUCAAAUUUGUCGCUCAGGGACACUGUCACAAUAUAUGUUUGGUUUGGUUUUUAUUAAUAUCACAAGUUAUAUUUAAAAAAAAAUAAUGUUUACUACUUUAGCAGUGUGUUAGACUGUGCUUACACUUGUGCUAUAGAGUUCACCUGAGCUUUCCAUAAGCUUUUUCAGUUAUUGUGCUGUUAAGUGCUCUGGAUGCUAUGGGCUCUGGGUGACUUAGCAAAAUUGGAUUUCGUCAUUGGGGAAAGACUAAUGUACUGGUCUUUUUAUGUUUGGUCUAUUGGUUUGGGUUUUUUAUACAUUUCGAGCCCUAGCUGUGUGAGUAACUCCUUGGACAUGUCAUUCCAGAAAGAUGAACCUAUCCUGGGAAUUUACAGUGUAAAUGAUGGGCUGAAGGGUCCAGCCUGUCAUGUCUAUAAGUGUGACUACUCGUCUAUGUAAUGUGAUGCACAAUAUCUGUGAACCUGAUCUUAUUACUGAAAAUAUAUGCAUGAUAGUAAGAACAUGUAUUCCUUGUUUCUGAUUAGCAAGUAUAUGUUAAAACAAUAUUCCCUGUUAAAGUAUUGACGUGUUUGUUAUGGUUUGGCAUUCUGUGUUAAAUCUUAAAUAAAUUGUGAUGGACAAUUGAAACAAUAGUUGUGGUUGAUUUCCC